UACAUACGUACAAUCAGUUAUCUGUCGAUUAAAUUUCGUGAAACAUCUAGCGUGAAUGUAUCAAUUUCGGAUUCAUUUGUGAUUUGUAGUGUCGUGGAGUAAAUAAUAAUUGUUUGGUUCUCCUGCAACAAAGGAAACUAAGAGAACGUUCGUAAAUGUGGUCUCGUUUGCAAUGAAUUUGAGUAAUGAUGUCCAGCUGAUGCGUUUUAACAUAUUUGACAGUUGAAAUUGCGUAAUUGUUGUCAGUAUAUUUCAUAUGACCACUUAUUACGCUUAACUCAUCUAAAUUGCCGUGUAGGAUGUUCGAUUUGGAUAACUUAUUCCGUUUAGAUCAUUACGUGGGUCCCCGACCUCUUUCAGAAUUGUGUUUGCAAGUGAUCUGCAAGAAUUUAGAUCUUAUUUCGGUGAAGGAUGAGUAUGGCAAUCGACACCUCUUGAAAGAUGUGGUUUUACCACACGAAAUAUGCGAUAAAUUAUUUAUAGAAUACUUCGAAAUCAAUCCUGCUGCAAAUCCUAACAACUUCUUCACAAUAUUCCAAGAUACACGGUAUACUAAACUCAAACAUGUCAAAGUUGGACCCCUUAUACCUGAUAGUUUAUUUCGGAUUCUCACGAGUCAUAAACUUGCGAAAUUAGAAUUUACAUGUUGUCCUAUUAUAAGAAAAUCAUAUAUUGAAAACAUAAAUCGAAAUGCAGAAAAUUUAUAUACUUUGAUAUUUCGUAAAAGUGUAGGCUCCAUCCCAGUAACGCUCACAGAAUAUUAUGAAAGAGGAUAUGUAUUUAAAGUACCAAAUCUAAGGAUUUUAACUUUGGAAUAUGCUAGAAUUUGUGCUUCAAAAUAUAAGAUCCUGUUGAAUGGAUUAACAAAUUUAACACACUUGGAUUUGUCCUAUAGCUUUGAUGUGGGCACUUUUGAUUUCUACACUGAAGUGCCCAAUUUAAUAUCUUUAGUUUUAUAUAAUGUUAAGAUUACAUCUCAAGCCGAAGCUUUUGUUAACAAUAUUUGUAAUUUAAAAAAGUUGAGGCAUUUGGAUAUUUCUCAAAUUCAUCUACAAGAUGGGAUUUUUACAAACCCUACCAAACUCUUGUCUGAGAUCAUAAAUGGUUUACCCCAACUGACCUCUUUGGAUAUUAGUGGCACAAAUUUAGCAGGAACGAAAGUAGAUGAUUGUGGAAACCAACUAUCUGAAAGUUCUGAAAGAUAUAAUAAUACUGUUUGUGAUAUACCAGGUCUUGCUUCAAGAAUAAAUAGACCUUUAGAAUUUUUAGGACUCUAUGGGGUAUUUACUGAUACACCUUGCACUCAAAACAAUAUUCCAGCAAAAUUGAUUGCAGGAACUGCGAAUGAAGAUCAAAUACUGGUUGCUGUUCACGUUUAUAUGAAUAGCAAAGAAGAUUUAAUGUCAAACGUAAUAAGUGAUUUAUAUCACAUGUACAGAUAUGAAAAUUGUCACAGAAUGGAUCAGGCACUGUGUGCAGUAUUAGAAGCUAUGGAGAAAUAUCCUACUCAAGAGGACAUACAAAUACCUGGGAGCGCAGCACUAUUUUAUAUUGUAAAAAUGAAAAAAAACGACAAAUUAGAUACAAAAUUGAAAAAAAGAAUUGUUGGCACUCUUCUGACUGGAAUGUCCAUCCACAGAGAUCAACAAUGUAUGAUGCGCAAUGGUUGUUUAACGCUAUAUCAAUUUCGAUUACCACAGGAUGUGCGAUCACACUAUGAAUUAUUGGUGAAGCUGCUUUUGUAUUUAGUUGAACGAACGGCACAUGAAAGUUAUGUACAACGUAUUGGAAUAUUCCUUUUGAAUACCUUGGCAUGUAAAGUAACAGGCAGAGAAAAACGUCUAUUGGGCAACUUAGGUUGCAUCAAAAUACUACUCGAAUUGAUACGCUACAGGGUUGAAUCUGAAAUCUACGACUACGUUAUGGAAAUAGCAUGGUCAACUUUGUGGAAUGUAACUGACGAAACUCCGAUAAAUUGUCAACGUUUUUUUGAUGAAAAUGGCAUGCUAUUAUUUUAUAGAUGUGUCGUGCAGUAUUCUCAGAAAGAAGAGCUACUUAAAAAUAUGUUAGGACUACUUGGUAACCUAGCUGAAGUACGAGGUCUUAGGGUUCACCUAAUGCAUCCACCUUAUAUGAGUGUUUUCACGUGUUUGAUGCGUACUGUCGGAUUAAGCAUUGAGAUACCAUAUAAUGCUGUUGGUAUUUUGGCUCACAUAGCAUCUGAUGGUGUUGAGGCAUGGAAAAGUUUAAUCGGAAUAGAGAAAUUUAAUCGGGACGAUGUCCUUGAACUUAUGGCUGAGGCCAUUGAACGAUGGGAUAUAUCUUCAGAACGUAAUAUUAAUUAUCGCUCAUUUGAACCUUUGUUACGUCUAGUGGAUGUAUAUCAUACGCCACAAUGUCAGCAUUGGGCAGUUUGGGCUCUUGCUAAUCUUACAACUGUUUAUCCCGACAAAUAUUGCAUGUUACUUAUACGAGAAGGAGGCUAUGAGAAAUUAGAAACAUUAAUUUCCCAUCCAAGACCGUACGAGCGUAUAAAAGAACUUGCCCGUAUUGUAAUCGAAAAUUGUGAUAAUUACACCGGUAAAAAUUUUGUAAAAUCGUUCAUAAAUGAAGAUUCUAUAUACAGUUCAGAUGGUUCGGACGUUGAAAAUUAAAUUUCAAUUAUUAUGUCAUGCGUGCAAACGUAUUAAAGAUGUUAACUGAAAGAUAUUAAUUAGUUGAUACAAAAUAUUUUUGAUGUUUAUGACCAAUCUUUAUAAAUUAUAUUUGAGUUCAAUACCUUUUUCUUUUAUGUACAUAGCUACGCUGUAUCAUAAUAAGAACAGGCUAGAAUUAGACUGAAAUUAUACUUACCCAUCUAUGCAUUAAUUAAGGUUUGACACUUUAAGCUUGCAUUAAGUUUCUUACAUAGGCGUGUGAAUUCUUUGUAGAUAUUUGUAUCAUAAAUAACUUUUUUCAGUUGCCAUUAAUUUUUAUUUGAUGAACAAGUUUCAAAAUGGAGGAAUAGAUUAUAUAUUAAUGUCCGUAUAAAACGAAAAUGAUGUAACAUAAAUUAGAUUUCAAAUUUUUACAUCUCCAUCAUUAAAAUUGAUGUUGCUUAGAAUAAUGCCAACACGUAAAAUUAAGUCGUAAAACGAUCUUCAUAACGUAAAAUAAAUUUGUAAGUCUCAAGCAUUACUUAAACACAAUAUUGGCAACAGAGCUGCGUGAAUUUAUAAUUGUUAUAUAUCGUAACCGUUAUGUAAUAUUAAUAAUAUACGUGUGCAAUAAAUUGCAGGACUUAA